GGCGGUGGUGGUGGUGGCGGCUGAGCGGGGUCCGGGCCGCCGUGACCCCGAAACCUCCCGCUCUUGCGGAAAGCACGGAUGAACAUGGAAGACACGCGUCUCUCCAGCCCGACGUCGCUGCCCGGGGCCCCAGCAGCCGCCCAGACGGAAGCGUUUCUACACUUUCUUCACUGUUCCAAGCGUGAUGCUGUCAUUGACCUCUUUGGUGUACUCGUAGGCAAUUUUCUGCCCCCUUGCUUUCCUAUCUAAAAUGGUAUCCUACAUCCUACAGGUAAAUUUUAGUUAACACAAGCUAAAGUGCCUCCAGUCUUUGGAGAGAGUUUGAAGAGGGCUUGCCUGAAUGUUUCUGAGCCUUAUUCUGCUUCUAGCUGCUCAGCAUGUCUUGGCUGCUCCAGCUCUGCGCGCUCUGACCAUGAGCAGCAAUUCCUCCCUCAGCAACGUGAAGGGCCUGAGGAACCUCACCGCGCAGGAAGACGGGGCAGUCAGAGUCACGGAGUCAAUUGCUAUCAUCGUCAUUGCUAUUUUCAUCUGUUUGGGCAACCUGGUGAUUGUCGUCACCCUCUAUCGGAAGUCUUACCUUCUCACCUUGAGCAACAAGUUUGUGUUCAGCCUGACCCUCUCCAACUUCCUGCUGUCCAUACUGGUGCUACCUUUUGUUGUUACCAGCUCCAUCCAGCGAGAAUGGAUCUUCGGAGUUGUUUGGUGCAAUUUCUCAGCCCUACUCUACAUGCUGAUCAGCUCAGCCAGCAUGCUUACUCUUGGACUCAUAGCUGUAGACCGGUACUAUGCUGUCCUGUACCCGAUGGUUUACCCAAUGAAGAUAACAGGCAACAGAGCAGUGGUAGCUCUUGUGUAUGUGUGGUUACAUUCCCUUAUUGGCUGCCUCCCCCCACUUUUCGGCUGGUCGUCUUUGGAGUUUGACCAAUUCAAGUGGAUGUGUGUGGUGGCCUGGCAUAAAGAGGUUGGCUACACUGCCUUUUGGCAGAUCUGGUGUGCCCUGCUGCCCUUCGUGGUCAUGAUGAUCUGCUACGGAUUCAUAUUCCGCGUGGCAAGGAUUAAGGCCCGCAAAAUCCACUGUGGUAGUGUGGUCAUCGUGGAGGAGGACUCUCAGAGGAAUGGGAGGAAGAACUCCAGCACUUCCACAUCCUCUUCUGGCAGCCGAAAGAACGCGUUCCAAGGGGUUGUCUACUCAGCCAACCAGUGCAAAGCAUUCAUAACCAUCUUGGUUAUCAUCGGUGCUUUUGUGAUUACAUGGGGGCCUUACAUGGUAGUAAUUACAUCAGAAGCACUUUGGGGAAAAAAUAGUAUUUCCCCUGCCUUGGAGACAUUAGCUACGUGGUUGUCCUUUUCCAGUGCCAUUUGCCAUCCACUAAUUUAUGGACUGUGGAACAAGACAGUGCGCAAGGAGCUGCUAGGGAUGUGCUUUGGGGAUCGGUAUUACCGUGAGUCCUUUGUCCAGCGGCACAGGACGUCCAGGUUAUUCAGUAUUUCCAAUAGGAUCACAGAUUUGGGACUAUCUCCUCAUCUCACUGCCCUCAUGGCAGGUGGGCGGCCACUAGGAAACAGUAGCAGCACAGGAGACACAGGUUUCAGCUGCUCACAGGAUUCAGGAACAGAUGCAAUGCUGCUUGAAGAUGAUAGCUCAGAUGGCCCUCAUGCCCCACACUGCAUCUGUCCUCCUCGAAGGAGGAGUUCAGUGACAUUUGAAGAUGAAGUAGAACAAAUUAAAGAAGCUGCAAGGAAUUCUGUUCUCCAUGUAAAAGCUGAAGUCCAUAAAUCUCUGGAGAGUUACGCAUCCAGUUUAGCAAGAGCUAUUGAAGCUGAUGUGAAGAUGAGCUUGUUUGGUGAAGAUGCUUUAUCAGGAGCUCUGUUCCCUGUGCGGACUCUGCCAGGAAGUAGUAUGAACACACGGCGUGGAAUCAAGCCCCAUGUUAGCCAAAGACUUCAGUUGCAGAGCAUUGAUGAAGGGAAUGUUUAACAGGAGCACUGGAGUAAGAAAAGAGAACGAAACCACUAAGCAGGGCCUACUGCAGCUGUUAGUGUUUCAACAGAACCACAAUACCUUGUCAGGAUUUUUCAGGUGUUUUUCAACACUUGGAAACCAGCUGAACACAUCAGCAUUUUCCAGCAGUAUUUGUUUACUGUUUAGGGUGCUACUGACUUUUUUGUACCAUGUCUUAAACCUAUCACACAGUGCAUAGGAAUGCAGGGUUUGGUUUCACUGACCAAAUUGUUAGUCUGUUGAAUCUUGAGUCCAAAUGAAAAAGGAAAAGUAUGUGCAGUGGUUAAUUAAUUAUUGCAUUGAUCCUUUUCUGACCACCAGAAUCAUCAGUUUAUAUGCUGAGUUGGAGUGCUCUGAUAGGAGCUUAUGCAUCGGAUACUACAUACAGCCUUACUCUCACCAGCUCCCAAAUGAGGAGCGUGGGCUUCCCUAAGGGACAAUACCUGAACCUCUCAGAAAACUAAUGCAGAUGAAGGUCCUAUUUACCCUUGGUAGCAGGUAUUUCUGUUUGUUCAGCCAUCAGAAUGCUGGAUCUGAAGCUGGAUUGUGCAUUACUUCUGCUUUUACGACACACCACCUUCUGUAGAUGUAAUGGGUGGGAGCAGAACUCUGCCAUAUUACAGAGAUGGUAUUGGAAGAAAUCUUCAGUGCAGAGUUCUUAGUUUCUCUGAGAACUUCAAUUCACUUUCACAGUUUUGCCUUUACUAAAAGGGCACUCUGUCACUGUGGUCAGCUUGACAGAAUAUAAAUAAGGUUUCACCACUUCAUAUUCAGGAUUCCUGUUUUCUAAAGAGAAAAGUUCAUUGAGGUUUUGUUGUGGUUUGUUUGGUUGUGGGGUUUUGUUUUUUUGUUUGUUUUUUUUGGUGUUGUUUUUUUUUACCAUGAGGGAAUGUAGUAUUGAAGCUAUAGUUACCUCAGUGCAUAUAUUUCUUGGAGUAUUAAUUCAUGAAUCUCUAAUGUAAGAACAAUUGGCACUUGUAUUGCACUUUGCAUGUUCUUAAGCACUGUACUGGCAUUACCUUGUUAGGCCUUUGUCAGAGGGUUGGCCAGCCCUACUUGCCAAAGAAGGGGAACUCAGCAACAGCCAAGCUUCUGGCAAGGAAACAAUCUGCAAAGGUGGAAAAAUUUGUUAAGAGAGAUAAGGUGGAUCAUACUCUCGUGCCUAACUUGAGGAACCUUUCUGUGCCUUCCUGGCUGUCCCUUUCCUUACUUCCUUGGGGAUUACAGCACUGCCUUAUUGCUUAUUUCAGAGAGUGGGAGACAUAAGUGAAUAGGAUCAUUUCUUGGGGGUGUGUGUCAGUAGCAAAUGGACUUAAGGACCAAUGAUUUGCAUGUUUUUACCUGUAUCUGCUCCCCUACCCCUCCACCUUUUCCUAGAAGGGGUUUAUAUAAGUUUUUGAUGAAGACUGUUUGGAAAUCAGGGGCAGGAUUUUUCGACCGGAGCAAAAACUGAGUAUACACUUGCUAAGUUAUGGCUGUGUGUGACUCUGUUGGAGGCACAGAAGCAAACUGUUCCUGAGGCAGAGUCUCAGUCCAGUUCUCUGUGUAGACAUUCCGUUUGCCUGUGUUCCCAGCUCAGAAAUAUAUUUCAGCACAAGCUUA